AUGAAGGGCAGAAAUAAAAGCAAACUUAAUGCUCCCGAGUAUCCAAUCAAAAAGCAAAACGCCUGGGAGCGGAACAAACAAAGUAAAACUGCUUGGUACGACUGGGGCUCCGUCAGACCCACGCCGAACCUCGGUAAAAGCAAGGAGCAACGCACUCCCUCGCCUAAGCUGACUCUGAAGAGUGGUCUGAGGGACUAUCUGUUGAGCUCCACUCUCCAUGGGCUGCGGUACAUUGGCGACAAAAACCUUACUUGGUUCGAAAGAUUCUUCUGGAUGCUCUCCUUCGGAAGCUCCGUAGUUUGCGCGGCUUUCUUCAUUCUGAACGUUUACGACAAAUGGAGUCGAACACCUAUGAUCGUGACCAUCAACCCGGAGAAUAUGCCGCUGGAGAAACUGCCUUUUCCAGCGCUGACUAUUUGCAACUCCAACCAAGCUAGGAGGUCCGUUGCGGAAAGAUACAAAAGUUCUGGGAACACGGUGGACGUGAAGCUACUGGAGAGUUUGUGUUCGACGCGGUCGGACGCGGACCUCUUCGCGGAUGACGACGCCGCUGACUCCGUGGACUGGCACUACACUCGCGCUUUCCUUAUCAAUGUAACUCAGCCGUGUAUCGAAAUGCUGGCGCUGUGCAUCUGGGACUCGGAGGUGCGGAGCUGCGAGGACCUGUUCAACGCGCAGCUGACGGACGAGGGCCUCUGCUGCACCUUCAACGUGGUGCACCGCGAGAUGAUGUAUAGAAAACCGAAAACACUAAACGACAUGAACUUCACGUUCCCGUCGCCGGCGGUGGACUGGACGGCGGAGGCCGGCUACCCCGACGAUACGCCGCCCAACGGCUUCCCCUGGAAAGCUAGGGGUAUAGGCACUGACCACGGUCUGACUCUGGUCCUCGAUGCUGACGUAGAUGAGUACUACUGCGCCUCCACCAAAAGCGUCGGAUUUAAGAUCCUCCUGCACAAUCCCACGGAAUCCCCCAACAUCGCGAAGCUGGGCGAGAUAUACGGUCCGGGUAUAGAAUCGCGCGUAUCCAUCAUACCCAGGAUACUGGACGCGCAUCCGUCCCUACGGGCAAUUGACGUCAGGAAACGACUUUGCUUGUUCUCCGGUGAAAAUGACUUGGACUUUUACAGAACAUACACACUACGGAACUGCGAGAUGGAGUGCGAGGCGCGGGCGAUGCUGGAGGUGUGCAAGUGCGUUCUCUACUAUAUGCCCAAAAACACUACAACUCGUGUAUGCAACAAAGCAGAUGCAAGUUGCUACAGCGACUUGAAAAGAUAUAGCGGCAGCGACCGAGCGUGCAUGGAGUGUCUGCCGGCGUGCACGGAGAUCUCGUACACGGAGAGCUACAGCGCCGCGCCGCUCAACAAGGCGCUCGUCGCCAACUACAUCAAGUCAUUCAACUUCGCGCAGAACAUCACCGAGGACUAUUUCAUAAAAAACAUGUUAGUCACUCAUUUCUUUUUCGAGGAUAAUUAUUUCAUGAGGUACACUAAAGGAGAAAUAUUCGGAUUGACGGAAUUUCUAUCUAACACUGGUGGUCUACUUGGACUGUGCAUGGGAUUCAGCGUCAUGAGUUUUGUAGAAGUCUUGUAUUAUUUGAUACUUCGCUCUUUAUGUGUAUCCUGUCGGAAGAAGUCUGCUUAUCCAUUUGUUAAGUAGGGCAGAAAUC